AUGGCUGAGGGACCAGGAGAGCAGUUUGAGGCAGAGGACAGACUUGAGUUUUGGUGGAUGUCCUCGUCCUCGCUUACAGGUGCUUCUGCCUACACAUCUCCAACACUUACUCCAACUACUACGCUGGUACAGACUUCUCCAGGAUCUCCAACCACAAUCGAUGGAUCAGCUGUGGUCAACGUCAGGAUGGUGUUCCACAACUCCACUUCUGUUCCUAGUGAGGAUGUCGUCCUGAGUGAUUUCAAAGCCAUGCUGAACUCCACACUCUCAAAAUUCCCCAACUCUCAUCAGCAUGCGGAGGAUCCUGCCCUGAGGAACGACACCUACACCCAAGUGAAGGUCCUCAUCAAUGACACUGUAAACACAGUUCUAAAUAAUUCUGGGACGCAGCGUCCAGUGGAACUCACUUCCUACAACUUGAAGAGUUUAGGGGAUCAAGUUACUGGUUACAUGGAAUACAGUUUACAAAGCUUCCUCAGUCAGCCUGAGAACGACACAUCUCCAACACUUACUCCAACUACUACGCUGGUACAGACUUCUCCAGGAUCUCCAACCACAAUCGAUGGAUCAGCUGUGGUCAACGUCAGGAUGGUGUUCCACAACUCCACUUCUGUUCCUAGUGAGGAUGUCGUCCUGAGUGAUUUCAAAGCCAUGCUGAACUCCACACUCUCAAAAUUCCCCAACUCUGUAACAGUGCAGAACGUCACCUACGAACCGAUUUCAAACACCUCCUUCGCAGUUCUCGUUACAUUCAGCAUCAGUAGCAUCAGCAUGCCGGAGGAUCCUGCCCUGAGGAACGACACCUACACCCAAGUGAAGGUCCUCAUCAAUGACACUGUAAACACAGUUCUAAAUAAUUCUGGGACGCAGCGUCCAGUGGAACUCACUUCCUACAACUUGAAGAGUUUAGGGGAUCAAGUUACUGGUUACAUGGAAUACAGUUUACAAAGCUUCCUCAGUCAGCCUGAGAACGACACAUCUCCAACACUUACUCCAACUACUACUCUGGUACAGACUUCUCCAGGAUCUCCAACCACAAUAAUUGGAUCAGCUGUAAUUCAAACCAAGCUGGUGUUCAACGUGUCCUCACCUGGUACCAUUGAGAAUGUGCUCCCCGGAAUGAUCAAAAGCAUGAUAAAAUAUCCACGCCAAAAUGUCAGUGAGGCUUUGAGCUUAAUGCAGAUUCUGUUGCUGUCUGCAUUCCCAAACCUCGCUGAGCCUCUAGGAGUUCUGGACUACAGUUACGAGAAGAUUUCAGACACCUUCCUUGUGGUUAACAUUACAUUCACAAUCAAAAAUAUCAUCAUGCCAGAAAACCCAGAGCUUAGGGAUGGCACUUACACCCAAAUGAAGAACAUCAUCAACAACGCUAUAAAUUAUCUUACAGAGGCACAGCUAGUUGAACCCAUUACCUACAAUUUCCUGAGUUCAGGGGAUCAAGUUAACGGCUACAUGGAAUAUAGUUUUGAACAAAUCCCCAGUCAGACUGCAAAUGACAAUAAGGUCCUAAAGCAACCGUCUACAGAAUCUCCAACCACGACUGAUGGAUCAACACUUAAUCCAACUACACGUCUGGAACAGACUUCUCCAGAAUCUCCAACCAUAAUCGAUGGAUCAGCUGUGGUCUACGUCAGGAUGGUGUUCAAAACUACACUUCUGUUCCCAGUUCUUUUGCAGAUAUAAAGAACUUGAAUAAUUCUGUAAACUUCUCUGAUUCUCUAACAGUGCUGAGCUCCAGCUAUAACAACAUUUCAAACACCUCCUUUGAAGUUAACAUUACAUUUGUCAUCAGUAACAUCAACAAUCCAGAGAACCCUGAGCUGAGGAACAAUGCCUAUGUCCAAGCAAAGACCAUCGUCAAUAACGCUGUAAACACACUUCUAACUGGAACUAAUGUAGUAACAUUUGCACCCAAUACCUCAAGCUUCAUGACCUCAGGAAGUCAAAUUAUUGGUUAUAUGGUAUAUAAUAUGAAUAACAUCCAGGAUAAAGGGACUGGAAACGAUACUGACACAUCUCCAACACCUUCUCCAACUACUCCUCAGGAGGAGACGUCUUCAGAAUCUGCAACUACAAUCGAUGGAUCAGUUUCGUUCUAUGUAGAGUUGGUGUUCAGCAACUCUAGCACUGUUCCUAGUGAGUGUUCGGUCCUCAGGGACAUUGAAGCUCUGCUGCAAUCUGCUCCCACAAACCCCACUGACUCAGUCACAGUGAUAUUUUACACCUAUGGAGAGAUUUCGAACACCUCCUUCACUGUAAAAAUUAUAUUCAGCAUCAAUAACAUCAGUAUGCCGAAGAACCCUGACCUCAGGAAUGACACCUACAUUCAUUUGGAGAGCAUCAUCAAUAAAACUGUAAACACACUUCUAAAUGAUUCUGGUGCACCUUCAGUGGAAUCUACUUCCUAC